CCUCUUUCUGGACUCUAGUUCUCUAUAGGGACAGACCCCUUCUCUCCCCCCCCAACCCCAGUCUCUUUUCCUGGCUGGCUCCGGGGCCUGGGCUGAUGAAGGAGUCAAUUCUGCUGCAGCUGCUUCUCCCCCACCCCCAGCCCAGCCUCCUUAGGUCCUUCUAGAGAGGGAGAAAGGGAAUAGAUUCCACUGGGGAGGGGCCCCACUUCAGGCUUCCCCUGAGAAUGUUUGUCGGGGGGAAAAGUUCAGUCUAACGCUAUCUUCCUUCCCCAUCCCUGGCCCUGACCAAGGCUUUAGUGCCACUCAAGGUGGAGUCUUUGCUCAUGAUGGGAGGGAGGGGAGCUGACCCAGUCCCUUCCCCCUUCUUUCUAAAAUUCCUAACUCAGCACAUUCUUGAAAGAAGUCAAGCGGAGCCCCACUUCCCUCCAGGCCUAUUUCUCCCAGACAGUCCAUUCAUUUACAUAGGCCAGUUCUUAGGCAUUCUCUACACAGGUAGGCAGAUGGCUUGGCACUGUCCCUUGGCAUUGAGGAUAAUUGAAUAACACUGGACUGCUGAACCCCCUUGGCAGCUGGCUUCUAGGGGUACUGCCAGGAAAACUCUUUGUAAACUAGAUAAAGCAUUUGAAAGUAUGGUCAGAGUCCCUCAAAGCAUACUUAUUAGUGGUUAUGGAGUAGUCUGGAUGCUUGGGGACCUAGGGGCUUGAUCAGGAAACAGCAGACUGUCUGGGCAGCUAGGUGCGGGGUUGACCAUGCCCGUGAAGGUGCCAGUGCUUUGGAAGCUGCCGACUGCCACGUGGCCCCUUGAGCUACUCCUGUCUCUGCCUGCCCCCUGCCCACUCCUUCCACCUGACUCAGAACUGCCUGUCAGGAAUGCAGUGCCCCUGGGGCACCUCUGGGAAGGGGUGGCUAAGACUUCCACAGGCUGUCAGGCACACAUGGGUCCGUGCCCUAGCGCAGGGUCUUCCACAACACUUUGUUACUGGGUGGGAGUUGCCAGUUACUGGGAGUGGGUAUGAUAUAGAGGCUGGCGCAGCAAGGUGGGGUUUGGAAGGGAUAAUGAAUGAAGGUGGAGAGCAGAUUCAGGCUUGGGGGAACCUCGAGGUGUUAGCCUAUAUUUUAGCUCUCGGGGGAAGGGGCAUAUAUUUUCCUGGCAUAGACCUGAGUGCACCCAGGGAUGGAGGACCAGAACCGUUCCCCAGACAGCAGUCUCAUGGCUCAUGCAGUCCCCUCCUACUUCCCAAGCCCCCCCACCUCCCCUGUUUUGGGGGAGAUCUGACACUAAGGGUGGGGCUUCCAGGAAUGACCUUUGCCCUGGCAUCACAAUGGCUGUGGGUGGGGGAGUGCAGGAGUAGCCCUGGUGAGGCUGCCCUUGUACUCUCAGCCUGCUCCCUGAGAAGUUGUAGAGCUAAUGAAGGAGUUUUUAAAUGUCCUGAGGAUCAGCUACCUUUGGACUAUGCUAAGAUCUACCCAGACCCAGAACUAGAAGUCCAGGUGUUGAGCCUGGUCAUCCGCUGUAUCCACAGUGAGGAGGGCUGUCGCUGGACUGGAGCCUUACGCCACCUGCAGGUCCAUCUGAGCUCCUGCGGUUAUAACGUGGUCUCUUGCCCCAACCGCUGUAGUGCCAAGCUGAGCCGUAGGGACCUGCCUACCCACCUUCAACACGAAUGCCCCAAGAGGAGGCUCAAGUGUGACUUCUGUGGCAUCGACUUCACAGGGGAAGCCUAUGAGGAGAGCGUGUACUGUGAGAACAAAUGCGGGGCCCGAAUGAUGCGGCGGCUGCUGGGGCAGCACAUGAUAACGGAGUGUCCCAAGCGGACCCAGCCUUGUGCCUACUGCAGCAAGGAGUUUGUCUUUGAUACCAUCCAGAACCACCAGCACCAGUGCCCCCGCUACCCUGUACCGUGCCCCAACCAGUGUGGAAUGGGGAGCAUUCCUCGAGAGGACUUGUCUAGCCACCUGAAAGAAAACUGCAGCUCGGCCCCUGUUCUGUGCCCGUUCAAAGAUGCUGGCUGCAAACACCGGUGCCCCAAGCUGGCGAUGGGCCGUCACAUGGAGGACAGCGUGAAGCCCCACCUGGCCAUGAUGUGUGCCCUGGUGAGUCGGCAGCGGCAGGAGCUGCAGGAGCUUCGGAGAGACGUGGAAGAGCUGUCGGUGGGCUGCGAUGGAGUCCUGAUCUGGAAGAUUGGCGGCUACGGGCGCCGCCUUCAGGAGGCCAAGGCUCGCUCCAACCACGAAUGCUUCAGCCCGGCCUUCUACACCCACAAGUACGGUUACAAGCUCCAGGUAUCGGCCUUCCUCAAUGGCAACGGCAGCGGGGAGGGGACCCAUCUGUCCCUGUACAUCCGAGUGCUGCCCGGCGCCUUUGACAACCUGUUGGAGUGGCCCUUCGCCCGACGGGUCACCUUCUCCCUGCUGGACCAGAGUGACCCGACAGUCACUAAACCCCAGCACGUCACGGAGACCUUCCAUCCGGACCCCCACUGGAAGAACUUCCAGAAGCCGGGCACCUGGAGGGGCUCCGUGGACGAGAGCGCCCUGGGUUUUGGCUACCCCAAGUUCAUCUCCCACCAGGACAUCCGCAAGCGCAACUACGUGCGUGAUGAUGCUGUGUUCAUCCGUGCUUCUGUUGAGCUGCCCAAGAAGAUCCUGAGCUGAGGACUGGCCUGGGCAAGGGCGUCCCUGCUGCGGAGGGCAGGGGCACGGGGAGGGGGGCAGGUCCCCCCUCUCUCAACCCUCCCCCUUCACCACACUAGGCCAGGUUGCCCUUCUCCGCUGCCCACUGGGCUCCCACUGUGUCCCUCUGCCACGUACCCCCCUUCCCUCAGGUGCCUCUCAUUGGUGCUUUUUCUCCCAGCUCCCCUCACCCCUCUGGGGGAUGGGGAGGGGGAAACAGGCACUGGGGUCUUUAAGGGCUUGAAAUAAAUGAUCCUAUGAGCCGUCUCCUUUCCUGGGGGGUCCUUGGCUGCCUUGGCCCCACUGCCCCUUGUACUGUACCGGGGUGCAAGGCGAGCUGCUUGGCCCCCAUACCAAGAGCCAUAGGGAGGCGAGGUGGGGCUGGAGUUAGCCCGGCUAGCGGUCACUUUGUUUUUAACUCCACCCCUCCCCCAUCCCCUGAAGCUGUGCCCUCUCCGGUUAUUUAUUGCUCGGGUGCCCAGUGGGGCACAGCGGGGGAGCCCUGGUUUGUAAUAAAUUCUGGAUUGUGUAUUUAUUAA